AUGGGCUCCUCUCGGGCACCCUGCAUGGGGCGUGUGGGAGGGCAAGGGAUGAUGGCAUUGCUGCUGGCCAGUCUUUUCCUGCAAGGGACCUUAGCUAAGAGCAUUGGGACCGUCUUAGACCCCUGUAAGGACCCCACACGGAUCAUCUCCCCCAACGACCCUUGUCUCAUUGGCAAGAGUGGCUCCAAAAGUUUCAUCAGCCAAGGUGGCUCCAGCAGCCAUGGUGGCUCCAGCGGCUCCAGCAGCUCCAGUUCCAGUGGUUCCAGCAGUGGUUCCAGCGGUGGCUCCAGUGGUUCUAGUAUCUCCAGUGGUGGGUCCAGUGGAUCCAGCGUCAUCCAGGGUGGUUCUUCAGGAUCUUCGGUAUUUAAGCCAGGAACAGGGUAUUCCCAGAUCAGCUACUCCUCUGGAUCUGGCUCCAGCCUACAAAGCUCAUCCAGCUUCUCCCAGUCAGGAAGCAGCAGCUCUCAGUCAGGAGGCAGCAGGGAAGGACUACCGACUGGUGAUUCUUCGUCAGGCUCUUUCCAGUAUGGAGGAGGUUCUUCCUUUUCCCCAAGCUCUGGAAUGUCCAGCAGCAGUGUCCAAAGCAGCAGCUCCAGUCUGCGUCCCUGUAGCUCAAACGUCCCUGACUCUCCCUGCAGUGGGGGGCCUGUCAUAUCACACUCUGGCUCCUACAUCUCCAGCUCCCAUUCUGUGUCAGGGGGACAGAGGCCUGUAGUGGUGGUGGUGGAACAGCAUGGCUCUGGUGGUCCUGGAGGGGUUCAAGGUAUCCCCUGUAGUAAUAGUGGCCUUUCAGGCAAACCCUGUCCCCCUAUCACUUCUGUACAGCAGUCCUAUGGUGGCUAUGAGGUGGUAGGUGGCUCCUCUAACAGUUACCUGGUCCCAGGCAUGACCUACAGUGGGGGUAAAAUCUACCCUGUGGGCUACUUCACCAAAGAAAACCCUAUCAAGGGCUCUCCAGGGGUCCCUUCCUUUGCAGCUGGCCCCCCCAUCUCUGAGGGCAAAUACUUCUCCAGCAACCCCAUCAUUCCCAGCCACAGCUCUUCUAGUUCCAAUAUCUACCAGUCGGGAACUUCCCCAGUCAUUGCAUUCCAGCCUGUGGGCACUGGUGGUGUCCAGCUCUGUGGAGGCUCCACAGGCUCUAAGGGACCCUGCUCCCCCUCCGGUUCUAGAGUGCAUAUCAGUUCUAGCAUUUCCAGCAGUUCCAGUUCAUCCUACCACCCCUGUGGAAGUGCCACUCAGGGGCCCUGCUUCCCUCCAGGUACUGGCUCUAUUGGUGGCAGCUCCGGCUCCCUAUCCAGUGGCAAAAUUGUCCUUCAGCCCUGUGGCAGCAAGUCCACCUCUUCUGGUCAGCCUUGCAUUUCUGUUUCCUCCUCAACAUUGAGUGGAGGUCCCAAUGGCUCUCCUCAGCCCGAUCCCUCUGCUGGUGCCAAGCCCUGUGGCCUCAGCAGCUCUGGAAGAGUGCCUUGUCGCUCCAUCCGGGACAUCCUGGCCCAAGUGAAGCCUCACAAGCCCCAGUUAGCUGAUCCUGAAGUUUUCCUACCCCAGGGAGAAUUACUUGACAAGCCAUAA